AUGGCCCCGAGAGCGCGCGGGGGAGGCGGAGUGCGUCGUGGCGGCUCCCCCGGCAUAUGCGGGGCGUUCGCCCAGCGGCCUUGUCAGUCCCGCUGGGAAAAAAAGAAAUCCGCCCCUUGCAGGCGAGGGAAAAUGGAAAAAGUUGCGGAGAAACACCUUCUCCCCGCGCGCGCUGGCGAGAAGUCUUGUGAUUCCCGUGACGCUCUGGCGCAGCCGGCCACCUCAACGUGGUGCCAGAGUCUAGUACUCUCUAUUAGGGAGGAAGCUAAGCGCCUGCUACUCGCCUGUCUUGUGUGGGCGCGUAGCAGACGCAUAGCUGCAGGGCCGGAAGGGCACGAGAUGGAGCCCUGUGUGGGGCUGCCCGAGGAGCGGAGUUUUUUCCCGCUGCCCACUUCCAUCGGCGCUUGCCAGCGCUGUGUUUGUCGUCUGUGA